AAAAUGCGACUACUAAUACUAUUACUACUGACUAUCAGUUCCAUAUAUUGUGCCCUUGACACAGCGGCUGUCAUCGCAAUCCAGACAGAAAUCAACAAACAUAGUGCAGAUAUUGAAAUGAUUUUAGACCACGUAAAAAAUCUGAAUGCACGUGUAAGUGAUCUCGGUCGUCCUGGGCCACCUGGAACAAAUGGGUCACCAGGAUUCCCAGGGUCAAAAGGAGAGAAAGGAGAUCGGUCAGAGGAUGGAAUGAGCGGUAGAGAUGGAAUGCAAGGUAUCCCCGGAGUGAAAGGAGAUAUGGGACCGCUUGGACCAACUGGAAUGAAAGGAGAUAAAGGAUCUAUGGGUUUCCCUGGACAAAAAGGAGAGGGUGGAAACUCUGGAAUUCCUGGACUCAAGGGAGACACCGGUAUACCUGGAAAGGUUGGCGAACCUGGAUCAACUGGGCAGCCCGGCUCGAAAGGAGAAAAGGGAAUGGAAGGACUCCCAGGAACCAACGGUCUGCCCGGUGCUCCUGGAUGGCCAGGCAGUAAGGGUGAAGAUGGACUUCCGGGAAGACCAGGGUCGCCGGGAUUCCCUGGAAAGAAGGGAGACGUUGGAAAUGGAGGAGUCCCAGGAGUGCCUGGUAUGAUUGGAGAACGAGGAUUGCCCGGAGCACCGGGAGCACAGGGAAUGAUGGGACCAAUUGGACCACCCGGACAACUUGGACUCCCAGGACCGAAGGGUGAUCUUGGAUCUGCUGGACUUCCAGGAAGCAAAGGAGAAAUGGGAAAGGAUGGAAUUCCAGGUCUUCCAGGCUGGAUCGUGAACGACAAAGGCUACUGCAUCUUGGCGCUGGGCAACUGUCCCCCGGCUUUCACUCAGAUUGGAGCUUACCAGGCGCAUGUUGACAAUUAUCGCUUCGGCGACUAUUCACUGGUCAAGUCAUCCGGCAUCGGAGGAAACGAAGAACAAUUCGCGUUGAAAGUUCAUGCUUGCUGCCGAUAAUUACAGGCGGUUUGGUUUGGAAAUGCCAAAUAAUAAAUGCGAAAUAUAUGUUUAAAAAAAGAAUACUCGACACCUCAUCAUUUUUAUUUCUCUCGUAUACUUACACUUGCUACUACUCUUGAAUAAAUGUUUGUUUGGUUU